GGCCGCGGUGCCGCCGGCGGGGAAGCGCUCUGCGGCGGGGCGGAGGAUCCAGGACCCGCAGAGACCGCCUCGUCCCGGACCGGACCGCAAACCCGGGCGCAGGAGCCCGCCGCGCCGCUCCGACCGGGAGCCGGACCAGAAUUUCAGCACAGCUUGUCCUACUGAACCUGGCCAGUGUCAAUGAUGGCAAGACUCUCAAGUGCUGCACCGCAUACCUUGUGGAUCCUUUUCUUUUCAUACACAGCAAAUGAAGUUAUGGCUGCAGGACAUGUACAGGAAUUUGCAUGCUUUACUGACUAUGACAAAGAGCUGGUUUGUCACUGGAAGGUGCCCGCACAAACCAAUUGCUCCAAAGAAUUCUUGCUCCGCUACAGCAUGGAACCUUUACAUUUUGCAACUGAUGUGUGCUUCCCCGAGAAUGGAAAAGACAAUUUAAAGUGCACUUGCACAAUACAUGCAGAUUAUUUUGUAUCAGGCCUCACCUAUCUUCUGUCUCUACAGUUCAAUGGGACUGAUACAUGGAAUUGCAGUGUUACACCAGCCCUGGUUGUUAAGCCAAGGGCCCCCAAAAAUCUUGCCAUUGAGAAAGUUGAAAAUGGUAAUUUCAAUCUGAGCUGGGAGGAGAGCUACUCUCCUCCAUCCAUGCUCUCUGGACAGCGGGUCAUCUAUGAAGUGAAAUACUGGAGGAAGCAGCACCCAACAGAGGUUUCUGUAAAAACAAUUAAUUACCAGGCAAAAAGCUUUGAAAUUACUGCAAGCUCCUUGAGGAGAGGAUAUGAUUACGUUGCAAGCGUAAGGUGUAACUAUACAGACUACCCAGCCUACUGGAGUGAAUGGAGUGAAGGAGUUGAAUUUCACUAUGAUUUCCAAGUAACAGCUGAAGACAUUCUGCAGAUGGCUGUUCCCGUAUCCUGCAUACUGAUCAUGGCAGUGUCUGUUAUUUGUUACUUCUGUUUUACCAAGGUGAAGAAAGAAUGGUGGGAUCAAAUCCCAAAUCCAGCAAAGAGCCAUCUGGUUGUAAAAAAUGUCAAGUUUUCAGUUUUGUGCUACAUUGAUGAAAUUAAGUUCCCUUUCCAUGACUUAAAGCAGAGUCAUAUGGAAAAACAAAUAAGUUGCAAGAACUGUCUGGCUCAAAGUUUGUCAAGCCAAAACUUCAAGGGAAAAGAUAACAUCAGAAAUGUUGAGAAAUGUUGCCACAGCAAGUCUGGAGAGUGGUUUCCAAAAGGCAGCAGCGGAGUUUUAACCCCUGAGACAAUUGUGGUUGAAGAGUCUAUAGAAAUCUGUGAAUGUUUAACGGACAUUGAGGCUGAGAACCAGGAAGAGACUAGUGACCAGAUCACCAUGUUUGAGCCUUGUGAGAGCAGUGUCAGGGCUUUCAGAGAGCACACUGAACACAAUGAUGCGCUAGCUAGCAUGUUUAUUGAGCUCCUGGCAGAUGAAAACAACAUGCAAGACAAUAAAGACCCAGACAUCAUCACAGGUGAGAAUAAAACCUUUGAGAAACUUGAGUCAGAAAAUCCAUCACAGCAAAAUCCAAAAGAAAGCACAGCCCAGAGUCAGCAGCCAUGUGGUAUUUCUCAUACAGUCUCCCUUUUCACCAAAGCCUCUCAAGAUGACUACAACUGUAGUACAGCAAGCAAGAAGUCAGAACAAUCAGAAGAGUCCUUUGAGUCUGGCUAUCGGAGCUCCAGCAUAAAUUCUGCUUCUCUGGAUGCAAGAGAUCUUCAAGAUACAGUUCAUCAAAGCCUUUUUCCAUGGAGUUCUGAAAGUCAGUGUGACUCAUGCAUCCUGAUCCAGGAAUCUCCAAGUAAACCAUCCUUUGGGACCAAAAAAGACAGAAUAAGCAACCCUGCACAGAAGAGUUUUGAUACCCUUGUGUCUCCAUCCGUGGGGCUGUGUAGCUCUGCAUAUAAGAGCUUUGACACCCUUAUCUCUCCAUCUGUGGAACCCUGUGGUUCUGCAUACAAGAGCUUUGACACCCUUAUGUCUCCAUCCACGGAGCCCUGUGGUUCUGCAUACAAGAGUUUUGAAACCCUUAUGUCUCCAUCCACGGAGCCCUGUGGUUCUGCAUACAAGAGCUUUGAUAUUCUUGUGUCUGCAUUCAAAGAGCCAAGUAGCUCUGCGUACAAGAGCUUUGACACCCUUAUGUCUCCAUCCACGGAGCCCUGUGGUUCUGCAUACAAGAGCUUUGACACCCUUAUGUCUCCAUCCAUGGAGCCCUGUGGUUCUGCAUACAAGAGCUUUGAUAUUCUUGUGUCUGCAUUCAAAGAGCCAAGUAGCUCUGCGUACAAGAGCUUUGAUACCAUUAUGUCUCAGUCUAUGGCUAACAGUAGCCUGACUCUGUGUUUUGAAAAUGUGUGCUCCUCAUUGCCUUUGAUGCAGUUUUCAGAAACACCGGAACUUAGCUGCAGAGAUCAAAUUUAUCGACCCCCCAGCAACCAGGCAUGUUAUACCAACUACAGGUCUCCCUGCGCUGAGCUUGAUUUUCAGAACACCUGUUCAGAACACACUGAUUUUCCAUCUUUCUCCACACAUGCAAUUGACAGUGCAUCAGCUUUCCUACCAGAGGAAGAAAUACAUAAGCAAGUAACCUACCAAAAUGUUCGAAGGCAAGCCAAUAUAAUUUCUUGCCCCGUUGGACCUCACCCAUCUGGUUAUCAAGCUUUUGAUAAUGCGGUUAAAUGUAAUGGUACAUACUGUGACAAUGACAGUGAGGUUAUCUCUAGGUCGCUACAUGAACCCUUCAUUCGUCUUUUGUACAACAAACUGACAGAAGUGCCUCCAGAUACCAUCAUCUGCGAACCUGACCAGAGGACAGAUGACCCCUUGUGUUUGAUUGUACAGGGUUUUGACUGCAGCAUUGUCCCAGAUUUAGCCUCUAGUGAGAAUGUCACACAGACCAGUGAUGGCGACCUUUGGAUCAUCAACUUUAAUGAGCUGUCUAGUGAUAACAAAGAUGAAAAUAUCAUCAGAGAUGAACAGCUGUUGCGUUUAUUAGAGCUGAACUGUCAAGAUUUUAACAGCAGAGAAAGAACUAUAAAGGGGACAAAACCUAACAGCUUUAACUAUACUGGUGAAGGAAUGUGCAGGAGUAGCAGUAACAGACUAAAUACUGACUUUCGCUGCCAUGCGCACAACCGCUUGAGAAAACUUGGAAAUGCAGGGGAAUAUAAAGAGGUGAUAAAGCACGUGGUAAGCAGGAGGUAUGGCUCAGCAGAGAGCUUACCAGAAGAAUCACUGGACAGCAUUGGGCUGAGCUUAGAAAGAAAAACUGCAGAGCCACUAGAGCUUCUGGUCUCAGACAAGUUGUCUCCUCUUUUUGUGGAUAACCCCUAUCCUUCUGAUUCUCACGCCAUUCACAGCGAGGGUUCUGGACUGGCAGCUGCAGUUAAAAAAAGACCAGUAGAACUAUUGAGGGAAAACAAUAGGAAGAAUGAGGAAAAAAAUGAAACUUCUACAAGUCCUUGCCCAGGAGGACAACUGGUACAUGAAGGUAGCCUAGCCACACUUGCCAAGACUGAACCAAACCAGUCUUUGGAAAUAAACUGUAUGGCAAAUUGAAAUGUUGUUCGUUCUUCCAGUCUUGCCUGAAGUGAGGGCUGCUACAGUUCAGACAUGGAUUCAGUGGGUUGUAACACCCACCAUGCCUGCUGCAGGGCUGGCAACGGUACGUGAUGCAGGCCCCCGGGGGUUAGCACCUAACAAUUGCAGCUACAGCUCUAUCAGGGGCAAAGCCGGAGCUAAAGCUUCUCUGGUCAUGAUAGUUCUCUAAAAGUCAGCAGGAGCUGCAGAAAGUAGGAGUUCUUAGCACAGCUCCUGUGGUUCUUGCCCUGGCUCUGUAUGUUGCUUGGGAAGCGCACAGCGGUGAUGUGGAAGGUGCUGACGCAGCCAGAAGUGGGAUGUAGGUGUGGGUCAAAGGGAAGUGACUGACUUGCACUGACAGCAUCACACAAUCUAUUUAUUGGGGGGUAGGUCCUAUGUGCCUAGCCCCAGCACGGGGUAUGUGUUUCUAUACUUGCUCAAUCAAGACUUGAAAUAAAGAUUACUGUCAUUUGAACUUUA